AUGUCGCGGCCACGGUUGCUCCCAUUGGCUGCUCUCGCCGCCUCAACGGUCGCCGUGCUGGCCAUGCCAAUGUCGCGCCGACUCUUGCGUGCGCUCUCACCGGUGCGCUUCCGGUCGCUUGUGAUCGCCUUGACGUCGUCGCAACCCGCCGCAGCAGCGCGGUUUGUCGAGCUCUCGCCUGUGCUACGGCACCCGGUGCAAAUGCCGGCGAGCGGCGUGUAUCACGCCAGCGACGCGCUGGGAGCGCUGUGGAAGUGGAUGGUCGCGGCGCCUCUCGGCGAGCGCGAGGCGAAGCUGAUGGCGGCGUGCAAGAGGCACUGGCCCGGCUUGGACCGCGACUACGUCAAGGCCGAGAUCGGCGUGUGCAUCGCCGACGGGCGCGCUGCCGCGCUAGCGGACGCGCUGCACGCCACGGCGCUCGCCAGGAUCGACAAGCUCGGCCCGAGGCUGCCAAGUCACCGCAGACAAGUCCUGACCGCAGAGGCGGCGGAGGCGAGCCGCGAGCUGCAGAGCACGCUCGCGGCGGUGCGCGCGCGGUGCGCGGAACACCCGACCGGCGGCCCGCUGCUCUUCGCGCUGGCCUCGCACAUCCGCGCCGCGCCGCCGGAGCUGCUCCGCGAGCCGUCGCCGGCGGGGCAGCGGCGCGGCGCGGAGCAUGAGCAGGAGGCCUGCAGCUGGGCGCGCGGGCGGUGGCCGCGCUGCGAGGUGCUCGCCAACU